AUGAAACCAUUCAAGCUUCCCUGGAGGGUCCCCAAGACCGCCAAAGAGCCGCAGAUAAUCAGUGAUGAAAAGGAUUUGAUCCCCCCAGAGCCUACGCAAUUGACCUUCUUCUCCUCGCAACUGGAUUCCUGUAUCCAGGCCUCGAGCCUCGACGAUCUCAAAGCCCUCUACGAACCGCUUUGCCCGCUUCUCGAGGAUAGAACGUACGGAGGACUGUGGUGGCUGGAUGUGACGGCACCUUCCGAAGAUGAUAUCGAGACGCUCUCACGCAUCUUCAAUCUGCACCCGCUGACAACGGAAGAUAUCAAGAUUCGGGAGACACGGGAGAAGAUCGAAUUAUUUGGACCCUACUACUUUCUAUCCUUGCGUCCCGCCCGCCGGGUAGAAUCAGAUGAAGGAGUGCGCACUUCGCCAAUCAACGUCUAUGCAGUCGUGUUCCGCGAUGGUGUCCUCAGCUUCUCAAUGGGCAGCAAUCCCCACGUCGGCCACGUCCGAAGUCGAAUCAAGGAGCACCAGAGUCAUUUAUACUUGACCAGUGACUGGAUUUGUUAUGCACUCAUUGAUGACAUCGUCGACGGCUUCGCUCCGUUCAUUAGCCGAGUUGAACAGGGCGUAGACACAAUGGAGGAUAGCGUAUCUAUCACCCGGCCUGACGACAUCGGACUAGCUCUUCAGCAGAUCUACCGUUGCCGAAAGGAGGUUCUCCACAUCCGCCAGCUGCUGAACGACAAAACAGACGUCAUUCGUUGCUUUGCCCGCCACUGCGAUGCCUUUGGUGCUUCUCCGUCCCAAGUGGGGCUCUACCUUAGUGACAUCCAGGACCACGUCUUGACAAUGAUGGCCAACCUCGACGCAGCCGAGCAGAUGCUCUCGCGCGGACAGUCAAAGUACCUCAGCCAGUUAUCGUUCGACUCGACUCGCAUGCGGAACCAGAUCUCGCAUGCCCUCAGUCGGCUAACGGUCAUCGCCGGCAUAGUCGUGCCUCUCCAGUUCGUCACCGGUCUCUUUGGAAUGAACGUCACCGUUCCAGCGCAGGCCGACAAAGCGGACAGCUUGACGGCAUGGUUCAGCAUUCUUGGUGUGCUUGUCGCGCUGGUUGUGGUAUUCUUUGUCGUAGCCCGGAGGCUGCGUAUUCUAUGACUAUAUGGCCUCUUACCGUCAACGCAUUCUAUACAUUUGUUGUGUGUCGCACUCAAGAGACCGACUAAGAGACUGAUAGUUUCUAGUAAUAGCCAAUGUGAUUUUUCUUUAGUUGGUUUCGCCUCUACGCUCUAA